UGUAUAUUAUAUACAUAUAUGUAUGCAUUUUGCUCAAUUGUCAAAUUGAUUUAGAGCUAAACUUUCUCCAACAUUCUUGAUCUUAAUCAAUAAUGGUUUUAUUUUUCCUGCUGUGAUUUAUAUUGUUCUAAUUAGUAUAAUCGUUUUUUUUUUUUUUUUCUGAUUCGAACGUCAGUAGGUGGUAAAACCGUAAAAAGUUGUGUAUAUAUACACAUAUGUAUAUAUCUGUAUAUACGCAUAUAUGUGCUUGGAAUCGUGUCCUUUUUUAUUCAGUGAUUUCAAUCUGCUUUUGGUACUUCUGUGUUGGUUCUUCGCGUCUUUCGUCAUUAAUUCUGAAGUCUGUAUAUUAAAUCUGGGUUAAAUAAUUAUCCCAUUAUUUUUUUUUUGUUUUCUAUUAAUAUGUCCACUUUUUAAAUUAUUUAACACAUUCUCUCUCUCGGAACCCAAAUGUGUAAAAGUAAUGUUUUGGCAUGUUCCUGAUUCACGUUGGUUUUUCUGGGUAAAUAUUUGUAUUAUGCAAGUUAUUAUUCCGUAACGUGAUGUACUUUUUCUCUGUCAAGAAAUAUUAUUUUAUUUAGCUGUCCCUGUUUAUUUGGUAAGUAUUUACCUGUCCGGCUGUCCCAGUUGUUUGCCACUCCGAUUUGAAUUAAUUAGGAUUUUAUUUAUUUAUUUAUUUUUCACGCUAUUUAUGUCAUUGAUACAAUCUAGUUGUAUUCAAUCCUAAAAUUCAAAAUUCAAGUCUAACUCAAUUUUAAUUUGAUUUUGAAUUUUUAGUUUAAUUCAAAUCCACCAACUCAGUUCAACUAGAAGAAUAAGAUGAAAUAUGGCCCAAGUUAGAUUUUCAUAUUGGUGGUUAGACUUUUGGAAUUUUCUACUAAUUCCGUAUGUCUGAUGAAUGGCAACGGGAAGAAUUCAGGACAGGCUUGGGGUGAGGGAUCCUUCCCCGUCUCCGUUUAAGAGAUGGCACCCGGACUCCGCCCCCACAACCAUUUCUAAAAUGACCUCAAUCCCCAUCCCAGUUAAAAACCCUAACCAUUUCUAUGCCCCACCCCACUAAGGAAAUUUAAAAUAAUAAUUAAAUCCGACAGCUAAAACAUUUAUAAUAGCUUUGGUCUACACCCUGUAGAUCAGAUUUGCAUAACGUUAGUUUUGGGAUAGGGAUAGCAUAUGAAUCCCAAUUUUAAUUUAUAAAUGAAUCAGGUGAUUAGCACUUCUUCUCUAUCAAUAAAUUAUCUAAAAAGAAAUAAAGUCCGGCACAUUUUACUCUUUUUUGAGUUUGAGAAUUUGAAAUGGUGGACAAAUCUAAGUACUUUUCGUGGUUCUUUCCUCUCUUAUUUGAAGGCAUACACCUUAUUUGUAUACUUUGUUAAUUAUAAAAGAUCACAUGAGCUUUUGCUGCCAUGCAAUCUUGUUUUUCACUUUUUACGUAUUUAAAUUUGUUUUGAUGACUUAAAUUUCUUUGGUCUGUGUCUGGUGCUGCUUCCCAGGAUUUUCCUUCUAUUCUUUUAGGACCAUAUAUAUAGAUAGAGGGAGAUUCAGAGUAGAUAUAGACAGUACAUCAAUUACAAAAAUUCAGAGUACAGAGAAGGAAAGCAGCUCCAUCUGCUGUUAGUUUGGACCAAGGGUUCCCAAAAGAGUGUAAAAGAUGGGUUUCUGGACACUCUUCGGGGUGGCUUCUAUGCCUAUGCUGCAGGUGCUGAUAAUAACCGUAUUAGGAGCUUUCAUGGCAACUGAUUAUCUCAAUCUUCUUCCCUCAGAUGCAAGAAGGUACCUGAACAAGAUUGUGUUCAUGGUGUUUACUCCCUCGCUCAUUUACUCAAGUCUGGCUCAGACUGUCACCAUAGAAGACAUCAUCUCAUGGUGGUUUAUGCCUGUUAAUAUCGGGCUAACCUUUCUAGUUGGGGGAGUACUAGGAUGGAUAGCAGUGAAAAUACUGAAACCAAAGCCGCAUCUGGAAGGCCUGGUCAUUGCCAUGUGUUCAACAGGAAACAUGGGAAACAUGCUGUUGAUACUGGUGCCUGCAAUUUGUAAGGAGAAUGGCAGUCCAUUUGGUGAUCAUAUUAUUUGUGCUUCCACUGGACUCUCGUACUCAUCUUUCUCCAUGGCGCUUGGUGCUUUCUUCGUAUGGACUUACACUUACCAAAUAAUGCGAAGUUCAUCCCUGAAAUACAAAUCACUAAAAGCAGCAAAUGUGGCCCCCAUGGUACCCAACGAGGAUUUAGAUGCUAAUGCCAAGACCCAUCUUCUCAAGGGAAAUCAAGAGCAUGUUGCUAUACUAGUUCCAACAACGAAAUCCACUGAAGAGGAUACAGAAAAUCAAACUAUUGUACCCCAAGUGUCUACCAGUAAGGUGGAGAAAGGGAAUGCAUCAUUCUGGAACAAAAUAUAUGGAGUUCUUCACCAGAUUUUGGACGUGGUGUUGGAACCUCCAACCCUUGGUGCGAUUGUAGGAUUCAUCUUUGGGGCGAUCCCAUGGCUUCAUAAUCUUGUAAUUGGUGACACAGCUCCUCUGAGAGUGAUCCAAGACUGUAGCAAAUUACUUGGGGAUGGAACGAUACCUUGCAUCACCCUUAUAUUAGGAGGCAACCUCGUAGGCCUACGCGAUGUCAAAUUGAAACCAUUGAUCAUCAUUGCAGUCAUUUGUGUGCGAUACCUGAUACUUCCCGUGAUUGGUAUUGGUGUAGUUAAAGCAGCCUCCAAGCUUGGCUUCCUUCCGGCAGACCCAUUGUUCCACUUUUUGUUACUGAUUCAGUUUACAUUGCCACCUGCAAUGGCUAUUGGCACCAUUUCACAACUGUUCGAUGUGGGGCAAGACGAGUGUUCGGUCCUCAUUUUGUGGACUUACCUGGUAGCUUCUCUAGCUCUCACUGUUUGGUCGACAGUCUACAUGUGGAUCUUAUCCUGAAGAUCUUACGCUCAAAACAACAUAGCAACCACACUGAUCAUCCUACCCGAGGGGUCCAUAUAUAUAUGUACUCAUAUUUAGGGAGGGAAAAGCUUCCCCACAUUAAGCGAGGGAGCCACUGAAUUGAGCUUUCUUUUUGGUCCAAUUUUGUUUUUCUGAUUAUGAUCUUGUUCAAGUUUGCAUCUUCUACAUACCUUGAAUAAGGAGAUAGAUGAUGAUGGAUAGUUUAUCGGCUUCUUCCUUCUACAGAUAAUUUCAUUUCGACUCUGGAAGACCCUUCCCAAUUAAAACCUAAUAGGGGCCAUGGUGUUUUUCAGUCAAAUUCGAUCGUUUGGGGCCUGGAAAUCACGAUUUUUUAUCUUAUAGAAAGAUGAUAAAAUAUUUCAUGAUUUUUGUUGGAGGUGUAAUCGAAUUCAAAUUAUUUUGAUUUCUAAUAUUUAUCUUAGUUUAGUGGAUUA